GGCGUUGGCGUUGGCGUUGGCGUUACAAUGCCGACCCGCAAGAACCUUAUUUUUUAUUUUUGGUGGUAGAAGACAAAGAAAACAUUCAAAAUGAAAGAACACAAAAGUAAUCACACUCUCUUAAGUCUUAACUUCUGUAUUAAAUAAUAAACCUGAUCCUAAUUCUACUCAACAGCAAAUCCUAAUUCUCCUUCUAUGGCAUCGUCAUAUCUUUCUUUCGCUUCAAAGCUCUCUUUUCUCCAUAACGGAAACUACAAAAACGAUGCCGUUGGAAGGAACUUGCUGUUUGAUAACCCAAAUUCGUACAAGUGGAACCGGAAAUUCAGUGAUUCUUGUUUUUCGAAGACGCGAUGCUCCGGCGUUGGAGUAACACGCGCCGCCUCCACGACGGAGGCAGUGGUGGAUAACAAUCGAGUUUCGAAAGAGGAUAGUAGAGUUCUAAGAGUUGGUUUGGUUUGUGGAGGUCCUUCUGCUGAGCGUGGGAUUUCCCUCAACUCUGCUCGAUCAGUACUUGAUCACAUAGAGGGGGAUGAUUUGCAAGUGAGCUGCUAUUAUAUUGACUAUGAUAUGAAUGCAUUCGCUAUAUCAUCUGCUCAGGUAUAUUCAAAUACUCCGGCGGAUUUUGAUUUUAAGCUUGAAAGCCUUGCCAAAGGUUUUUCGUCGUUGGAUGAAUUUGCAGAACAUCUUGCUGCUUCUGUGGAUAUAGUGUUCCCUGUUAUUCAUGGCCGGUUUGGUGAAGAUGGUGGAAUUCAGGAGUUGCUGGAAAGGCAUAAUGUUCCAUUUGUUGGCACAGGAUCUCGUGAGUGUCGUAAAGCAUUUGAUAAGUAUGAUGCCUCCUUGGAACUCAGCAAACAAGGAUUCAUAACUGUACCUAGUUUUCUAGUCCAGGGAAGUGAAAUUGAGGAAUGUGAAUUAUCCAAGUGGUUCACAAGCAAUCAAUUGGACCCUAACUCUGGGAAAGUUGUGGUAAAGCCAGCUAGAGCUGGAUCAAGUAUUGGAGUUACAGUUGCUUAUGGUGUUUCUGAUUCUCUUAAAAAAGCAAAUGAUCUCAUUUCAGAGGGGAUAGAUGAUAAAAUCCUUGUUGAAAUAUUUCUCGAAGGAGGGAGCGAGUUUACAGCAAUUGUCCUUGAUGUGGGAUCUGGUUUUGAUUGUCACCCUGUUGUUCUACUGCCAACUGAGGUGGAGAUUCAAUUUCAUGGCAGUGUUGAUGUGAGAGAAGAAGAUGCAAUUUUCAAUUACCGAAGGAAGUAUCUUCCAACACAACAGGUAGCUUAUCACACUCCACCUCGUUUUCCUCUCAAAGUAAUUGAAAAUAUUCGAGAAGGAGCAUCUAUUUUAUUCCGUCAACUCGGUCUACGUGAUUUUGCUCGGAUUGAUGGAUGGUUUUUGCCUAAUUCCAUGCAUGCAUUAUCAUCUUCAGCUGGAAAAUUUGGAAGGACUGAAUUGGGCACAAUAAUAUACAAUGACAUUAACCUGAUUAGUGGAAUGGAGCAGACCAGUUUUCUUUUUCAGCAAGCUUCAAAGGUUGGAUUCUCUCAUUCUAACAUUCUUCGAAGUGUUAUUCAUCGUGCUUGCUUGCGGUUCCCCAAUCUUGCAUCACACAACGAAGUAUCAGCUCAUUUGCCAAGAAGAUCGAAAUCCUUGCCAUUUGAUGAAGCAUUUAACAAACGGGAGGGUAUUCGUAAAAUUUUUGUCUUGUUUGGAGGAGACACUUCAGAGCGGCAAGUAUCUCUUAUGAGUGGAACAAAUGUUUGGCUUAACUUGCUGGCAUUUGAUGAACUUGAUGUGACUCCUUGUUUACUUGCCCCCUCAGACGACCAUUCUGAUGAUGGUUCCAGAGUGGUUUGGUCAUUGCCUUACUCUCUUGUGCUGAGACACACUACAGAGGAAGUUCUUGACGCUUGCAUAGAAGCUAUCGAACCAGCUCAGGCCGCGCUGACUUCUCAUUUGCGCAACCAAGUGAUGAAUGACCUCAUGGAAUGUCUGAAGAAGCAUAGUUGGUUUACAGGGUUUGACAUAGCUGAUGAACAGCCUGUUAGAUAUUCAUUAGAGAAGUGGAUCAAGCUUGCCAAAGAAGUUCAGGCAACAGUUUUCAUUGCAGUGCAUGGAGGCAUUGGUGAAGAUGGUACACUUCAGUCUUUACUGGAGUCUGAAGGAGUUCCUCAUACAGGUCCUGGUGCGGCAGCUUCGAAGACUUGCAUGGACAAAGUUGCAACAUCACUCGCUCUUAGUCAUCUUGCAGAUUUGGGAGUUCUUACCAUAAACAAAGAUGUGCGCAGAAAAGAGGAUUUGCUGAAUAUGCCUGCACUAGAGAUUUGGGAUGAGCUGAUCUCAAAGCUUCAGUGUGAAACAUUAUGUGUUAAACCAGCAAGGGAUGGAUGCUCAACUGGGGUUGCAAGAUUAUGCUGCGUGGAAGACCUUGCAGUGUAUAUAAAAGCUUUGAAGGAUUGCCUUCUCCGGAUACCACCUGAUAGUUUCUCAAAGUCACAUGGAAUGAUUGAGAUGCCAAGCCCUCCUCCAGAGCGUUUGAUCUUUGAACCUUUUAUUGAGACUGAUGAGAUUGUUGUCUCAUCCAAAUCUGGGGGUGAAAAGGCACAAGGCCUUGUGUGGAAAGGAAACAGUCGAUGGGUAGAAAUUACAGUUGGUGUUAUAGGAACUCUUGGAUCAAUGCGCUCACUGAGCCCUAGUGUUACUGUUAAGGAAACUGGUGAUAUUUUAUCACUUGAAGAGAAAUUUCAAGGUGGAACCGGCAUCAAUCUUACUCCUCCACCGGCAUCAAUUGUUAGUAACGAGGCGUUGGAGAGGUGCAAACAUCGUAUUGAAUUGAUUGCAAACACUCUGCAAUUAGAAGGAUUUUCACGAAUAGAUGCUUUUCUUAAUGUUGAUAGUGGAGAGGUGCUGAUUAUAGAGGUCAAUACUGUUCCUGGAAUGACUCCUUCCACUGUCCUUAUUCAUCAGGCGCUAGCAGAACAACCUCCCAUGUAUCCUCACAAAUUCUUUCGUACGUUGCUUGAUUUAGCAUCAGAGAGGAUCAUAUAGAAUUUAGCUGUGCUCGAUUAGCUUCAAGUCUUGCAAGAACCCAGCAUCAUUGUAUGUUGUUUGGGAUGGUGCUUUGAAACAGUAAAAUUAAGAAAUCACAUCCAUGGUUCCUCCCUCUAUUUGAUCAUGUAUAUUAUUACAUACUCUUCUUCCUUCAGUUGUCACCUAUAUUUCUUGCCUAAAAA